UUACCAGUUCAGGGAACUGUGGCGGCUGCAGUCGCUAUGUACCGCUUCGUGGCCUGGGCGAGUAACGUGAAAAACGUGGUGGUAGAGACAACUUGUCGGAUCGGCAGGGCUGUGUGUUGCUGUUCAUGUUGCGGAGAUGAGGACUCCACAAACGGAGACUGGGUGUACCGGGAGCCAACAGGUAUUCAGGAGGUCCCUCCCUACAUUGAUCUAACGGGUUCGUCUCUGACGUUAGACGAAACAGUAGAGAGAGACCCGGGUUCUGUAAAUGAGAAAAGUAGGUUUUGUUUUAGCGGAGAAGGUCCGGAGACGGAUGAGGUGGCAGUGACGGUUUCCUCGGCUGGUGUCGUCAUCACAGAGCAACCCCGUGCCUUGAAAGGCGACAUGGCGAUCGCUGAAGUCAAGUUGACGGCAACAGACGACGAAGUUUCGGCUGUGCCGGAAGAUGUCUCUCUACAGGAUGAGAUUGCAAACGCCGUCCCUACGAAUGCCGUUCCGCCGAAUGAAUGCGGAGUUUCAAAGGAGCCCUUCCAGGAGGUGGCAACGUCGUCGGCUGACGACCACGGGCAUGACGAAUCAGAAGUGAAGCAGAGCGCCAACUUGCACAAGAAGGAUGUCUCAACGGCUGACAACCCUGUUGUUGAUAACGACGAUGAUGAUGAUGAUGGGGAAAACGGCGUCUUCCCAAGCUUCUCUCUUGUUCAGACCAUCAACAACAAGAAGAGCCCUGGCCAACACAGCCCGGGUCGUCGCGGCGCCAGUCCCUCCGUAUCUGCCCCAGCCCUGCAGCGGGACUACGAGAUGAAUCCUUCGGGCGCAGGUCCACUGGAGCGCCGAGGAGAGAAGGUGUCUCCGCGCGGUGGUGCCGGCAUCAACCUGCUGAAGACCGCGAGUCUCAACUCCUUCCUGUCGUCCGUUAAGGCGAACAAGUCGUCACUGCAUGCCACGAUGUUGGAUGCUGCAGACUUCGGGCUGGAGUUCCUACCGGCCUGCAGGCCCGCCCUACCGCGUCAGGGAAGCACACCGCCCGGACUGAGCAGGUACCAGGUCCUGGUCGGGAAAACCUGGCUCAGCAAGCUGACCGCCAUCGGGCGCAAGCGCCACCAUGGGGCCAAGCGGCGAAAGGCAAAGAUAAAGGACAGAGAGCGCCUGGUUACCCAGACGACGGAUGGGAUUCGGGUGGUGAUUGAGUUUGGUGAGAGCACCACCCUGUGAAGAAGGCAAAAAGUGCAGGAAGAGAAGUCACUAAA